AUGGCUUCCAAUCGCGCUCGAGUGCCUGACCAGGCUUCUCCAAUUCAUCGUCUGGCAAUUAAGCCUCUCUUUGACAGCCUCCCACCUCGCGACAAGCUCUACGCUCACUAUCUCUCGCAAGCAGCCUGGCAUGGAGCGCGCAUCAUUCUGCGCCAGACCUCUUCAGAAUCGGAAGACAUCUUCGACUUCAUCAUAAGGGCCUAUCGUGCCUGCGAGGGCGAUUGGAGCCAGUUCGAGGGAGUAUGCGCGGUGACCGACGACGAAGUCAAGACUUUUUUGAGCUAUGCCGGGCUCUUCCUGUACAAUCUCGGAAACUUCUAUGGUGAGGGUGGUCAGAAGUUUGUGCCUGAUCUUAGCAAAGAGUCUCUGGAGAAGAUCGUGGGAUGCGUGGGCAUGACAGAACCUGCUGCUGAAAACCUUGUCGAGGCUAUGACCGCAGUACACCCGCAGGGUCUUGGAUAUCCGAGCGAUACUGCGGUGUCGAGCUACUACCUGGGCGACCGCAUUACGCGUACAGAGAUCAAAGAAAUCCAGCUGACCAUGCAGGAAAAGGGCUAUGAGCCUGAGAAUACGAGGGUGCGGAAGAGAACGGAACAUGGAAGCGCUGUCUAUGAAGUUCUCCGGGCCUCGUAUGAUUUAGGCAGUCACGAUCUUACUGCAGUAGAACGCCUUGGCGGCUCGGAAGUUACAUUGAUGAAAGGAGAUCAUCGGAACCAAGUGUCUAAUAUUGGCCACUACCUCGGUCGCGCCAGCAUGUACGCACAGAACGACAACCAGGUGAAGACGCUUGAACGCUACAUCUACAGCCUCGUAACCGGAUGUCUCGGAGCAUAUCGACAAGGCCAGGAAACCUGGGUCAAAGACGUCGCCCCAUCGAUCGAACACAUCCUCGGCUUCGUAGAAUGCUAUCGCGACCCCCAUGGCGUACGAGCGGAAUGGGAAGGCGUGGUAUGUAUCGCGGAUCCAGAGGAAACAAAGAAAAUGGAAGCCUUUGUGUCUAGUGCGGGGAAGUUUUGCACCCUCCUUCCCCGGGCAACGGUGGAGAACGAGGGCAAGGGCUUAUUCGAGAAGGAUGUGGUUUUCAUACCCCAGUGUGCUAUUGUGCAUGCUCUUACAGUCUGCUGCCCGUAUGUUUGGGAAGCGUCAAAUCUCCCAAACUACAACGACAUCCGCGAAAAGCACGGCUCAAAGAACAUCAUUAUUGCGAACCGGAUGUCAGCAAACCGCAACUCCCCCGGCGCAUCCAUCUACCUUCACGCCUCAGACCGCGACCUCUACCGCCAAAACCUCCAUACCAUCCGCUUCGUCGCAACAGUCAUCCAUGAACUCCUCGGCCACGGCACGGGAAAACUCCUCAGCGAAACAGCCCCCGGUAUCUUCAACUUCGACGCUACGAACCCGCCUAUCAGCCCCUUGACGGGCAGAAAUGUGGAGUCAUGGUACCGCCCAAACGAAACAUAUUCCAGCAUAUUCGAAGACAUUGCGCAAUCGGUUGAGGAAUGCCGGGCUAUCCUCAUGUCAGCGUAUCUCAUCGAUAACAAAGAAAUACUCGGCAUCUUCGGAUACAACGAAGGUAGUGUCCUGACGGCUGAUAACCUGGUCUUUCUUUUUUAUCUACACCUCGGCGUCGAAGGUCUGCGCUCUCUAGAACACUACAACCCCGAUGACAAGAAGUGGACCCAAGCCCACAGCCAAGGCUACUUCGCCAUCUUCAAACAGCUCCUUAUCGAAGGCGAUGGCGUCAUAACCGUCCACCACGACGCAAACACGUCCAACCUACAUGUUACCGUCGACCGUAGCAAGAUCUUAUCGCACGGCAAACCAGCUUUGGGACGCAUGAUGUGUAACCUGCACAUUUGGCGGUGCACAGCGGAUGUCGAGGCGUGCCGACCGUUUUAUGAGAGCCUGACGAAUGUAGAAGGGGUUUAUGAGGUCUGGAGGCAGGUAGUGGCGACAAGGCCGGAGCGGAGGAUGAAGUUUGUGCAGGGAAAUACCUCUCUUGUGUAUACGGUGGAGGGGGGAGCCGAGUGCAAGGAGUAUGAGGAGAGCGACGAGGGAAUUAUUCAGUCUUGGGCUGAUAGAGAAGUUUGA